UAAGCGGAGGACAAAGGCGGCGCGGUGCUUGUGUCCCCCGCCAUUUUGUGAUCAGCAAGGUGGCCUCCACGUUCCCUGAGCGACUUCUCCGCUUUUGCCUCGCCCGCCCGCUGAUCACGGACAUGUCCCGGGACCGGUUCCGGAGUCGCGGGGGCGGCGGCGGCGGCUUCCACCGGCGCGGUGGCGGCGGCGGGCGAGGCGGAGGCCUAAGCCAUGACUUCCGUUCGCCGCCGCCGGGCAUGGGCCUGAGCCAGAAUCGAGGGCCGCUGGGGCCGGGCCCAGUCCAGACCGGACCUAAGCCUUCCAUCCCGCCGCCUCCGGCGCAGGUAUUGGCGCAGCAGCAAGCGCAACAGGCGGCGGCGGCCGCGGCGGCCGCGGCGGCGGCAGCGGCGGCGGCGCAGCAGCAACAGGCGUCGUCCCCGGACCCGCCGAAGCCAGGGCUCCCUCCGGGCAGCAGCCCCGGGCCCACAGUGGGCACCGCCGCGCCGGCUUCCGUUUCCGCGCCGUCCGCGCCGCCCCCGGGCUCGGGGGGGCCUCAGGGCCCAGGCUCGGCGACUUCGCAGGCCUCAUCCGGACCGUCGGCCCCUCCCGGGGGGCCGCAGCAGACCUCUUCGACCCCGGCCUCCGUGUCCUCCGGCUCGAGCGGGGGCCCGCCCCCUCCGCCCCCGGGCUCCUCUGGGCCUAAGCCCGGUCCGAGCCCCGGCGGGCCCAAAGGCAAGAUGCCCGGAGGGCCCAAGCCUGGCGGGCCGGGCCUCACUCCUCCCGGAGGACAUCCGAAGCCGCCUCACCGGGGCGGCGGGGAGCCCCGCGGGGGCCGGCAGCACCACCCGCCGUACCACCAGCAGCAGCAGCAGCCGCCUCCCCAUCACCAGGGCCCCUCGCCCGGCGGACCCGCGGGCCGCAGUGAAGAGAAGAUCUCGGACUCGGAGGGUUUUAAAGCAAAUUUGUCCCUAUUGAGGAGGCCUGGAGAGAAAACUUACACCCAACGGUGUAGGUUAUUUGUUGGGAAUCUGCCAGCCGAUAUUACGGACGAAGACUUUAAAAGAUUAUUUGCUAAGUAUGGAGAACCUGGUGAAGUCUUUAUCAAUAAGGGGAAAGGAUUUGGAUUCAUCAAACUGGAAUCAAGAGCUUUGGCAGAAAUUGCCAAAGCAGAACUUGAUGAUACACCUAUGAGAGGGCGACAACUUCGUGUUCGUUUUGCCACGCAUGCUGCUGCCCUCUCUGUACGAAAUCUCUCACCCUAUGUUUCCAAUGAAUUAUUGGAAGAAGCAUUCAGCCAAUUUGGACCUAUUGAAAGGGCUGUGGUAAUUGUUGAUGAUCGAGGAAGAUCUACAGGAAAAGGCAUUGUUGAAUUUGCUUCCAAGCCAGCUGCAAGAAAAGCAUUUGAAAGAUGCAGUGAAGGAGUAUUUUUGUUGACAACAACUCCUCGACCAGUCAUUGUGGAACCUCUUGAGCAGUUAGAUGAUGAAGACGGUCUUCCUGAAAAGCUUGCCCAGAAGAAUCCAAUGUAUCAAAAGGAGAGAGAGAACCCUCCACGUUUUGCUCAGCAUGGCACCUUUGAGUUUGAAUAUUCCCAGAGAUGGAAGUCUUUGGAUGAGAUGGAAAAGCAGCAAAGGGAACAAGUGGAGAAAAACAUGAAAGAUGCGAAAGACAAACUGGAAAGUGAAAUGGAAGAUGCAUAUCAUGAACAUCAGGCAAAUCUUUUACGCCAGGAUCUAAUGAGGCGUCAAGAAGAACUGAGAAGGAUGGAGGAACUUCACAAUCAAGAAAUGCAGAAACGCAAAGAAAUACAGUUAAGGCAAGAGGAAGAGCGGCGUAGAAGAGAAGAAGAAAUGAUGAUUCGGCAGCGUGAGAUGGAAGAGCAAAUGAGACGCCAAAGAGAAGAAAGUUAUAGUCGGAUGGGAUACAUGGAUCCUCGUGAGAGAGAGAUAAGAAUGGGUGCAGGAACAAUGAACAUGGGAGAUCCCUAUGGCUCAGGAAGCCAGAAAUUUCCACCUUUAGGUGGUGGUGGCAUAGGUUAUGAGGCCAGCCCUGGAGUUCCACCAACAGCCCUGAGUGGUUCCAUGAUGGGAAGUGACAUGCGUACUGAGCGCUUUGGGCAGGGAGGAGCUGGGCCUGUGGGUGGGCAGGGCCCUAGAGGAAUGGGACCUGGAACUCCAGCAGGAUAUGGUAGAGGGAGAGAAGAGUAUGAAGGCCCAAACAAAAAGCCCCGAUUUUAGAUGUGAUAUCUAGGCUUUCAUUCCAGUUUGUUUUUUGUCUUUUCUUGUUUAGACACCGAUCUUUUUAAUUCUUGCAUUUUAGUAAGAAAGCUACAUUUUUAUGGAUGUUAGAAAUUUAUUGACCUAAUAUUUGUAAAUGGUCUGUUUGGGCGAGUAAAAUUAUGUAAUGCAGUGUUUCAAAAAAGGGAGAAAAUCUAGCUUUUUUUUGAUGUAUAACGUCCCUAAAGUUAUGGCAGUGUACCUUGUGCCACUGAAUUCCCAAAGUGUACCAAUUUUUUUUACUGUGCUUCAAAUAAAUAGAAAAAACUAGCUAUAAAUUUGAUCUUUAAUUUUGCCAUUCAUGCUUCCAUCAUUAGGUCAGGGAAUACACCUCGCAAGCUUAAGACUCUUUGGCCUUUGAAAGGUACUUUUCAUUUGUGGGAAGAUAUAUUUAGAAGCAGUUCUUUCCACAAAUGAUUCUAGUUUUAAAGAAGUAAUAGCUACUGAAAAGAAUAGUAAUUAUUUGCUUGCUGUCAUUAUACAUUCUACAGCAAUGAGGAUAAGCUAUAUCUUGAGUAUUUUGGAGAUGGUGAUGUAAGUUGAAGCAGAACUGUUAACUAUUCUGCAGGAAUAUGUAUCAAGAUUAUGGAAUGGGUUUUAGAACUGUUGGUGGGGGGAGGAGGGCGGGCCUGGCCGAGUUGGUUUUUUUUUCCUUUUUUUUUUUUUUAAUAGCCCUAUCGAUGACUUUUAUCCUGUGCUUGGUAGUUUUUAAAGUUGGGGAAAAAAAUAGGUCAUUUCACCCCUUCUUUUACCCCAAGACCAAACCCUAAAGAAUGGCUUGUAUUGACUUCUCUUCCAAAUUAAAGAUUGUUAAAUGUGAAGGCUUCAUGCAUUACUUUUAAGUGGCUCUAUAAAUAGGGAAUGUGUGUUCUGCCUGAAAUAGUUAACCUACCAGAGAAAGCUGCAAGGUAGUUGAAUGACCUAAAAGCAGGGAGAACCAUACAAAUUUGUACUCUGUAACUUACAGCUCCUUGUGCUACUUCUGUUGGGCAAAACAGCAUAGGAAUAUUAAAUCUAGAAGCUUCAAUAACUUAUUAGCAGUUCUCCAUUCUGAGAGCUAGUGGUGAUUACAUUUAGGGCUAUAUAAAUUCCAAGUGUACUGAAUUGUAGAUCUGGCAGAUAUCCCUAUAGUUACUAUUUGGUGUAUCAUUAUAAAGUAGCACUAAAUCUGGAGGGCAUAGCUCAUGCUACACAGUACAAAUAUUGCUCCCUUAUAAAGCUUUUGAAGUGUUUCGAUGGUGUUGCCAGUUACUUGUCAACUUCAUUGAAUCCUUCACUCUAGAUUAUCUCAUGAGUAAUAUUAAUGUAGUUGGUUGCCUGUGAGUGUUGGGAGCCUGAUUUCCCAGUGUUAAAAUACAUUCCGCAGAAGUGUGACCAUCCUGGUUUGGCUCUGUUUUUAGUUAUGCAUUUCAAAACUUGUACAUUAAUGUAGCUGUUACUAUGGUAUUCUCCCUCUUCCUCCUCCCCUUUUCCCCUCCUCGGUGUACUAAUUGGCAAAUGUGAAAUUCUAAGCCAAACCUUUGUCAAAAGGCUAAAGCUUAGUUCUGUAGUUAGCCUAUGUAUAAAAGCAGAACUUAAAAUAAUUGGGCAUUUGGGUAAUGGUGAGUAGGGAGUCCCCAAAUGUAAUGACUAGCCAAAGCAAGUCUUGUCAUUAAAAUACUAGUUGUUACUGAGUAUAUGCAAUGUGUUUAAUUGAGGUAGACUCUUUGAUUUUGGCUAUAAUAUUAAAGCUUAUUGUUUCUAUUCACCAAAAGGAAGAGGGCAGUUGACUUUUUCUGCAUAUUAUUAUAUUUAAGUUUAGCCCUGUCAGUGAUACACAAGUUCUUUUGUCUACAUAACUCUUGGCUUGAAAGCAGUCCCAUUAUAACUUGAACUGUAGUAAGGACCCAACUAAUAACCAAAAAAACUAUCCAAAGGGUGUUCAUGGGACACCCAUAGAGGGUGAACUUGAUUGUGUGGGGGUGGGGGGGAUGGCGGGGGAAUUGGGAAGUCUGCCUGUAAAAUUAAUGUUUCAGUUUAUUUUUCAGAUUACAUGCCUUUCUUUAUAAAAGAGAUGCUGGCACAGACCCUAAAAUAAGCUUUAAGUAGUACUGUACCUUUGAAGAGUGGUAAAGAAUGCUAAUGGAUAGCCUGAAAGUUGUGGCUUUUGAUACCCUUAUUUGGGGCAGUAAAAUUGCUAAACGAAGUUUAGCAAAACUAUUCAGUUCAACUGACAUUUGAUUUGUCAUGUUAAUAGCAGUGUUACCAAGUGUUGUAACUGCUCAAAUUGAUUUUCAAAAAGUUCUUUUGAGAUCCUUGUGCUAAACAGGUGUAAGGUAGUCAUAACUUAAUUUGAAUUUAAAUAAUUUUAAAAGGAAGUUUUCUAAAAAUUUGAUCCACAUGGGUUGGGAGAAGGGUGGUGAUUAGCCUAGUCCAUAAUUAUUGGGUUUUGGCAGUUUCUAAGAUAUUAAUAGUCAUUUUGUUAGCCAUUUUUCUCCUUUUAAAAAACCACACCUUUUUCACACACACCCUCCUCCCUCCCAACUCUCUCAUUCCCUUUUCACUUUUCUCCCUUAUUCAUAAUUUUGAUUUGGAUUGGGCUUUAAGAGGACCACUGGUACUUUCUAUGCAGCAUAUUUUUAAGUAUACUUCAAUCCUCCUAAUCUUAAACUGCAUUCCUGUAGUACCCCCAACUCUGGGUAGAUUUAGCAGUUAGGUAGUAAAUAAGCUUAAUGUGUUUGCACACACUGUCCCGUGAAAUUGUAAUCCUCUUUGCUUAGUACAUUAAGCAUCCUUUUUAAACUUGUAGGAACAUAAUCCCACAGCUGCAUAGAUGCAUUAUACCAUUUAACAUAAACAGAUUACAAUUUAUGAGAAAUUGUAACAUUACAUCUGUGAGACUUUAUGUGGCAUUUUAUGGUAGAUUAAAAUCUAGAUUACUUGGCUUCUCCUUGGCAGCCACUUUAUUGUGGCAGAAAGUUUUUCUGGUAUUCUUGGACUGCAAUUGUGCAAGUAGUGGCCUGCUACAUAACUGCAUUUAGCCAGCAUUUCUGCAGUGCGUAACUGUGAGGAACGUAGUACCGCAAAUGGCAAUGGACAUUAGGACCCGGAUGUAGUAUUCCUGCUUGCUCCAAGAUUCUCAUUGCCGACUGCAUACAGGUAGGUAACAAGCAAUAUAAUCUAACUUGGUGACUUGCUAUGUACUUUUAUUCUGUGGGCAUUCUGACAUCACACUUCUGAUAAUGAAAUUACAGUGCAGCACCCAACACUUGUAUGUUGAAGUUAGCUUGCAUCAAAACUGCGUGAGUUUCGGGUUAGAGCUGUAAUGUAAGCAGAAUUCAGUGCUCUUUGCAAUUCUGAGAUAAAAACUGCAAACCUGAUACCUUGGUAUCUGACUCAGUUGUGUGGCUUUCUUUGGUUUCCUUGCAUAACUCUGAAGAUAAAAUUGAAAACUGCAGCUCUGGGGAAGAGGGGAUACAUAACCAAAAAACCAUACUUAGAUACAGUUGGGUGAUCUUAAAAUCUUGAAAGACUUUUGUAGCAUGUGGUAGUCUUCUGUAGCAACAAACUGACCUGACUAGGUCAGCAUGGGUAGGCUUUUCAUUAUACCAUCUUGGUUUAGUAAUUUCUCUAGAAUAAGUGAACUGAGAUCCAAAUUACAGUUUACUGUAUUGUGCAUUUAAAAAAAAAAAAAAGUGGGGGGGGGCUCCUUGGGAACUCUGUUUAAUCAUGGGUUCAAGUGGGAAUCUUACAGUGUGAAUAGUUCUUUAGUUUUGUGGCUUAUCCAAACCUGUCUAUACUUUUAAACCCUGAGGUGUUGGGUGGGGAGGACAUUGGUAUGACAUGUUUAGUUGCCAACAGUUGAACAAAAUCUGGGAAACAUGGCUUCCCAGUAAUUGCCAACAGUUGAACAAAAUCUGGGAAUUGUGGUUUCCCAGUUAAAAAGCUCGUCGUGAUGUAGAGUGAAUAUGAUCUUCAGAAUAGUCUUGUGAACUUGGCUCUGAUUAGCUUCAGGAAUGUGAUGUUUCUAAACUCAAAUUGCCAGAAAAUGCAAGUCUUCCAAAGCACUUUAUUGUUUAGGAAGGAUGGACUUUAAGCUUGUAUCCACUGUUGUAUUUAGAACUUGAUUGAACUUUUAACUUUAAGUUCCUGAACUGGUUCUUGGCUAAUGCAUAAGAAACAGGUUUCAGGUGUAAAUGAUUUCUGCUUUGUAACUGCAAAGUUGUGUCAACUUAGCAUGAAUGCUGGUAUAGACUUUGCUUGACUUGAACAUUUUUCAGUUGUAUUUCCCAGGGAAUAGCUUGCUCAUUAGCAAACAGUUUCCAAACUGGAGACAUUUGUAUUUUUCUUUCUAAUCCAUUCAAGCAAGUAGUUUCUGUACUUUUGAUGUCUCUUAAUGAAUAGUUUAGCUCACUGUAGUAAUAACAUGAUGUAGCUUGUAUUUCUGUUGCUCAGCAAGUGACAUCAGUGUCACGAAAUCUGGCUUCUAACACUGGGGUGUUCUGUGCAUAAAAAUGUUAAAUCAGUGGCCAUAUUUGCUACUGUGUUACAAGUGCUUGAGUUUUAAGUUUAGGAUUUAUUUUUUAAGUCAGUAUGCUCUAAGGGCACAUUCUUGACAUAACAUUUUGGACUUUAGGAAUAUCAUGAAGGGUUUUAUCAUUUUGCUUUGUUCAUCCUUGAAGCUUGAUUGGGUUUUUACUCUUAACAGAACAAACAACCUGUGACGUAAGUGGGUUUCCAUUUGCUUUAGGUAUCAAAUGUGAAUCUUAGUGCAGUAGGUUCCCCCCUUCCCAAAAACAAAACAAAACAAAACAAAAACCAACAGACCAAAAACCGUUAUAGACACCUUAAAGUCAAAAGUUGGGAAUAAGUGGGUUUCAGUAAUGGAAAAAUACCAAGGUGUUUGCAUUGUAUUUCAUGAUUUUACAUUACCAUUCAAAACUGAACUGGUGCUUUUAAAAUUUAAACAAUCUGAAGCUCAGAAGUGUGAUGCCAGAAUGUAUUUGAGUACUUGUUAGGCCCUUGGAAACAAGAUAAUGGUGCUGUUUGAAAGAUGAAAUACAACGGGUGCUUUUACUGAGAAUACUGUAAAGCUACAUAACAAAGUAUGGAUGAUGGUUGCAGUUUUCCCAAUACUUAAACAGAUGCGUGUGACUUCGUUUUUUUUUGGACUCUAGCUUUAAUUGGGGGUGGGGGUGGGGUUGCAUGUCUCCUAUUGUUAAUCAUUGUUAGCUGCAGUGACAUGAUUUGCAAGACCUGCGUUAUAUUGCAUUUCCCUACAACGUUAUGUGACGUUUUUUGGAGAACCAUGCUGUUUGUUCUGGACCUUAUUUGGUUUUGCCUUUAGCUGAUAAGUCAGUGCUGUCAGCUAGUGCAGUUGUCAAAUGGCUGCUUACUAGGGAAAGAAUUUGGAGGAUUCACUACUCCUAUUCAUCUGUCAUUGCUGCUAGAUAAUGAUUGGCAACUAAAAGACUUAACUGUGGAAACUCCACAGUCAUCUGUAAAAACCCACCAUGUAUAAAAUGUUGCUUUAAAACACCAGUGCUGACAAAGUUGGGUUUUCCUUGGGUGAAAAGGGCUGGACCAGAAUAGGAUAAUCUGGAGAGGGGGUUGGAUGCAAAAAGAUAUAGUAUCCCUUAUGGAUGGUACAUGUGCAACAGGGAAUUAGGGAAGAAGAAAAGCUUGGAAUUGGAAAUUGAAUUAAGGCUGAUCUUGUUCUUGUGCACUGUGGGCCUGCAUUGUGAAGGUGAUAUCCUCUCUCUCUGAGGAAGGCCAUGUAUUACUCGGGUUCCCUUGGUGUGGCAUUGUUAGUCUGCCCUAAUUUAAAAGCCUAGUGAGGACUUGGGAGGGGGAAAAGGGAGCUCUACAGAAUGAAGGGACCGCAGCUGCAGUAUCAGACUUGAAAUGGGGAGGGCAUUCUUGAAUGGGUUCUGCUGAGAUUGGUCAGUCUGCCUGAUUGA